GUUCAGUUUGGUUCUUUGCAGUACAGUGUAUCUUAGAGCACCAGCGACAAGUUUCUAGUUCGUUCUAUAAUUCGGUAGAAUUACCAAUAGUUUCCAUACUCACCAUGAAGUGCUUCGUUGCCAUUGCCCUGUUGGCCGUUGCCGUUAGUGCAUCGCCAAUCGAAUACGGACACUACGGUGGCCCAGCUCUGCUGCACGCCGCUCCAGUUCUGCACGCUGCCCCAGUUGUGAAACACGUCGUCGCUGAGCCAGUCGCCUACCCGAAAUACUCGUUCAACUACGGAAUCAAGGAUCCCCAUACUGGUGACAUCAAGUCCCAGGCCGAGGAACGCGACGGUGAUGUUGUCAAGGGACAAUACUCCCUCGUCGAACCAGACGGUUCCGUGCGCACUGUUGACUACACCGCCGAUGACCACAAUGGAUUCAACGCCGUCGUCCACAAGUCCGCUCCAGCUGUCCACAAGGUUGUUGCCCCAGUUGCCUACCACGCUCCAGCUCCAGUCUACAGCCACUACGUUCACUAAGUUCGCUAUAUUCGGGUGGCUGAGCUGAGUGCGGUUCCAUCAUAAACCGCUCCCGGAAGCCCUCCCCGAUUAAGUCACUCUCUCACAAAACUGUCUCCGCCAAGAAGCUUCCAAACUUCGAACUGCUA